AUGGUGCGCGAGACUGCUGAGGAAACUGAAUUGGUACUCUGGGCCGCUUCGAGCCAGGUCUACCGUGUCACUUUCCUUCACAGAGGAAAUUGGAUGGCGAAAUAUUUGGCCAUAGCGAAGACUAGCGAGAAAAUGAAUAUUCAACGAUUGUGGUCUGACGAACAUGACGGGCCUCGUGGCUCGGAUGAAAAACCAAUCCAGCUGAGGGACGACGAACAUCUCGACUACGUUUGGGCUACAGAAGAACAAGUUCAAAACUGCAUGUUUUACGACCCGAGCGAUACGAACAAAGCAGGAAUUGUCAUGAUCCAAAGCAACAAAGAUGUUCUUCUGGACUUUUUCUCGUGGCUGAAGGACGAUGGUGCUUGCAUGGAGUACCCUCUGCCCGAGCUGCCACUGCAGAGCGAUCAGAGAUAG